AUGACGACCAAGCUCUAUGUCGGCAACCUGGCGUGGGGAACUACCCAGGUGAUUCUCGCGGGGCUGUUGUGCGCUGUGCUCGCGGAUGACCUGACCCAGCUCUUCUCCAAGUAUGGCAACGUGACCGACACGUUCAUCGCCACCGAGCGUGAGACCGGCCGCUCCCGCGGGUUCGGCUUUGUGACCAUGGGCUCUGAUGAGGCCGUUGCGGCCACCAACGGCCUCAACAACACCGACUUCAUGGGCCGCACGAUCCGCGUCAACGAGGCGCAGCCCCCGGGCAGCGGUGGUGGCGGCGGCUUCGGUGGCCCCAGGGGCGGGGGCCGCGGCGGCUACGGUGGUGGCGGUGGCAACUACGGUGGUGGCGGCUACGGUGGUGGUGGCGGCUACGGUGGUGGCGGCUACGGCGGCCAGGGCGGUGGCGGCUACGGUGGUCAGCAGGGCGGCUACGGCGGCCAGCAGGGUGGCUAUGGCGGCCAGCAGGGCGGCUACGGCGGCGGUGGCCGUGGCUACAACGAUGGCGGCUACGGCGGCGGCGGCUACUGA